UGCAGAGACAAAGGAGCUGUAGAAACACUUGUGAGUCGGGCCGCCUUCAGGAGGGAUGUGUUUGAAGCUUUGCUGCUGGUUUCCCUGCAAAUGCUGCAGAGCAGAAGAUUCAUCAGAGCAUUUCUCAGACCGUGGGAUCCCUAUUCUCUCCCGGUUAAAGAUGCGGACCGAGACGGACGGUUUCAGGGUGAACUUUAUCCCGCAAAGGUUCCGGAGGAACAACAGACCUCGGGCCGACAGCAACACCUCUGCGACCGAUGGACAUACCUCACCCACCAAGGAGGAGAAGCCUCAACACGUUGUCCUCACAUACGAGCAGAUCCUCGAGGCGAAACGCUUGUGUGAAGCCGGCGAGCUGCUGAUAAAGAGAGAGGAGCAUCUGUUUGGGGAGAUAAAGAAGUCCGAGUCACUGACGCAUCAUGAGGAAGAAGUAAACAAGCUUGCAGCGGACCGCAGUGCCCUGAAAGGCCUCGUACUGCAGACCCUGGGAUUCUCCUUCAGCCUGGAAGAGGUCAGCUCGAAUGCUCUGACAUCCGCCGUGAAGGCCGUGAACCAGGAGGAGGAUCAGGACCACCAGUGGAUUAAGAGGGAUGGGAAUCCUCCGGCGUGGAGGCCCUCCAGCUGGAUGGCUCUCCACGACUCCACGCUUCGCAGCCUGGUGGAGGAGCGAAUGGACAACCCCUCGAUGCCCCCCGCUGAACAGGCCGGCCAGUCUUCUCUCCAGUUGGACAUCCGCGCCAUGGGCAGGCAGCUGAAGGAUGACUUGCUGCAGGUGGUGAACAUGGUGAAGGGAUGCUACCCGCCCGAGAUGGACAUCUGUAAUUUUUACGCCAGGUUGUACCACCAGACCUCCAGCGCCAGACUCAGGAAGAUCGCAGACUUUGGUCUGGGGGACAAGGACUGCAUGUACCUUCUGCUCUGGGUCAACGAGCAUUAUCCAAAAAUCCUUCAAAAGCCGGAGCUGGCCAAUGAGAUCGAUAUUGAAUCGUUGGGGAAGCUGCUGCCUGAAGAGUUAUUGAAACCUCUGGAGGAGCAAUACCUGACUAAACAACAGGAAGAGCUGACGAAGUACAUCGGCCGCGUCCUCGAGGAAGCGAAGAAAAAGUGGAAUGACGGAGAGGAGCCGACAAGAGUGGACGACUGCUUCGUCAGUCCUGUUUCCUACGACAUCAUUCAGCUCAUCAAUGGUAUGGUGACUUCAGCUGAAAAAGUUGUGGGAGAUCUGCAGAAGGCCCAGAGCAUAACGUGCCAACUGAAGGAUUUGAUGCAGAGGUUUAACAGCUUCCAAAAUGACAUCAUGAAGCAAAAAAAACCAAACACCCUACCGGCCAUGAAGGCGAACCUCGGCUGUAUCGAACAGUUCAGGGACGUCCUCAGUAAGAAGAAACAUCUGUUCACAGAUGAUGUGCAGAAAAACUGUCUGCUGGUUCUCACCGACAUGAAACAAUCAGCGCACGCAUACUUAUUGAAAGCUGUGCACGAGCGCCUCAAAUCACACUACCGCAAACUGGGAACCACAGACUGGCUGAAUAGGCCCCUGUUUGAGAAGCUGCUGGUCGACAUCGCAAAAGAGAUUCAGGAUCUUCAGGGUUCGAUUGAAUCCUGUCACCAGGAGCUGUUGGGUCAGCUGCACCAGGAGGUGACGGCAGAAUAUGUGAAGAGGCUCCUGAAAGGAAAUGUCAAACUAAAGGACAGGGAGCUGCAGCUGAAGGCCUACACCACCGCCAAGAACAACGCAGAGAGUUUACACGACUUAUUCGUCAAAAUGGGGUCAAAGGAGGAUUGGUUGAAAGACAUCCUGACCAAGAUUGCAGAAGUUCUCAAACUCCAAGACCUCCCCGCCAUUCAGAUGCACGUAGCAUCGCUGGGUACCGAAUAUCCUGACCUCAGUGAGAAACAUGUUUCGGCUCUGCUCAAGCUCAAGACCAACCUCACUAAAGCCGACAGGAAAACCGUCAAAGAUAUUCUGUCGGACACGAGAGACCCACAGAGUGGUGCUGUGAAUCGGGGCAGCGAAGACGGUGUUCGGACGUUUUUCUCCAAAGUUCAGGUCAAAUGAGCCGUAAACUCCUUCCAGUUUCUUUUUGAAAAUUGGACUGAAGUCGGGUUGUACUUAUUACUGUGUUUGUCUGUGAGUGAACACAAACAGGUGAUGCUAUCUCAGUGUUACAAAGCUGGGUUCAAAUGUCACUUAGGCUGGAAAUAAUAUUGUCCUCAGUCUGACUGUAAAAUGAUGAAUGAGUUACUGUAUGAAAGAAUAAGCUACAGUUCACAUUAUUGCUGGUAAAUAAGGUGCUUUUAACUGCUAAAAACAUGAAUGAAUGCGUCUGUGUUUGAUUGUCUGAUAGAGUAUCAUUUUUGUAAUAAAUCAGUGUUAUAGUUUGUUGUUUUUUUAUUAUGUAUUUUUUGCAUUACAUGUGCACUAAAGGGAGCUUUCAUUUUUAGUUUUUUACAUUUUAUUUAACGUUAUCUGACGUGCAGGGUAUUGUUACAGAAAGUGUUGAAUGUAAGUUAUGAUUUUAAAUAAAUUUGGUGAAACUUG